CCAGCUGAAGGAAAACACUGCUGGCUAGUCAAAAACCAUGGCUGCGGAGAUUCAUUCGAGGCCUCAGACCGCUAGGCCGGUUCUUUUGAACAAGAUCGAGGGACACUCAGACACUGUCAACGCGGCCGUUUUAAUACCAAAAGAAGAUGGAGUGAUCACGGUCAGCGAGGACAGGACGAUCCGGGUAUGGCUGAAGAGAGACAGCGGUCAGUACUGGCCAAGCAUCUACCACACAGUCUCCUCUCCAUGCUCCUGCAUGUCGUACCACCAUGACAGCAGACGCAUCUUCAUAGGCCAGGACAACGGAGCUGUUGUGGAGUUUCUCAUCUCUGAAGAUUUCAACAAGAUGAACCACGUCAAAACAUAUCCAGCCCACCAGAACCGCGUGUCGGAUAUGGUGUUCUCCCUGGAGAGCGAGUGGGUGGUGAGUACCGGCCACGACAAGAGUGUGAGCUGGAUGUGCACCCAGAGCGGCAGCAUGCUGGGGAGACACUACUUCACAGCCUGGGCCUCCUGCCUACAAUACGACCACGAGACGCAGCACGCCUUCGUUGGCGACUACUCAGGACAGAUCACGUUGCUGAAACUGGAAAAGCAGACGUAUUCCACAAUCACCACACUGAAGGGUCAUGAAGGAAGUAUAGGAGCUCUGUGGUGGGACCCCGUCCAGAGGCUGCUGUUCUCAGGGGCCUCCGACCACAGCGUCAUCAUGUGGGACAUCGGGGGCCGCAAAGGACGGACGCUAUUGUUGCAGGGACACCACGAACGUGUUCAGGCGCUGCGUUACCUCCAGUUGACGAGGCAGCUGGUGUCGUGCUCGGCCGACGGAGGCAUCGCAGUGUGGAACAUGGACACGCAGAGAGAGGAGGCGCCUCAGUGGUUGGACAGCGACUCGUGUCAGAAGUGUGAGCAGCCUUUCUUCUGGAACAUCAAGCAGAUGUGGGACACUAAGACUCUGGGGCUCAGACAGCACCACUGCAGGAAGUGCGGCAAAGCUGUGUGUGGAAAAUGUAGCUCAAAACGCUCCACGUUCCCAAUCAUGGGCUUCGAGUUCCCAGUGCGUGUGUGUGACGUCUGCUUCGACACCAUCAAAGAAGAAGAUCGAACACCAUUGGCGACGUUCCACGAGGGGAAACACAACAUCGCCCACAUGGACAUGGACCCAGCCAGAGGCCUGAUGGUCACUUGUGGAAGCGACCGCAUUGUUAAGAUCUGGGAUAUGACGCAGGUGGUUGGCUGUAGCUUAGCAACAGGCUUCUCUUCGCGCUGAUUGGCCCAGCCCACUACAUGCUUCUCCCUGUGCUCCGCCCACUCUUCCUGUUACAUGGAAACCCCUCUGUACAGUGCAUCUCCCCAUCACGCCUGGGAUCUUCUGCUGCAACCAGGCCUGUUCUGGGUGAAUGGGUGAGUGUGAGAGUGAGUGUGUGUGUGUGUGAUAGUGUACCCCUCCACAGUCCUUUUGCUUCUCAUAAACAAACUCUUUAAUUUCACUAACUGUCAGUCCUACAUGAAAGUGUGUGUGACUGAUUUUUGACUAUUUGCGCUGAUCCGAAACAGAACCCUAAGCACAACAGUGUGUGUGCGCGCGCGCGUGUGUGUGUGUGUGUGUAUGUAUAAGUGUGCAUGUAUUGUAAUGGUUUCUCCUAUGGGAGGAAUUGUAUUGAUAUUAGUGUUUACAUUCAAUAUUUCUGAUGCUUCUUUUGACAAAGGUCUUUUUCUUUUUUUUAUUAUUACCCCUGCACUGUAAAAUUUGGUUUCAUGGAAUCGACCUGCCAUUCACACUAGCUUCUCCUCCUUAUUAAUGUGGCCCACUAACUGCAUCUUACUCAGUCACUGUAACAUGUACAAAACAAACCCUAAUCAUCUGUAUAUAGCUGUGCAUCAUGUGUAUAGCAGAUACUCGCUUGAAAUGACUCGCACUGAUCAAAGUGAUCAGCUUUGUUCUGUCUUUUCUUUUUUUCCUCUCUUAAUCUGUUUUUGUUCCUCUCUUUCACUAGUUGGCCUUAAAUCACUCUCAGGAGGUUUUACAUCAGUAAAUUGGGGGCGGGGUCUGUUCAUGUCAGUCGUCACUGUUAUUAAGACGUGAUUACUGAAGAGAAGACCGGCUUCUUUCUUAGUGGAUUAACUAAAUCUCUUGAUAAACUGCCACAGAAAUUUGAUAAAGUCGACCCAGCCUCCACCUCAUGAUCCCAGGUGAGGCAAACUGGAAUAUGUUGCCAUAGUAACAUUUCCUGAUGUUUCUAUUCCCAGCCAUACUGAUGUGUACCGGUGAAAUUAACAGUUCAAGGUUUGAUUAGUGUGGGUUUAAGUCUCCAACUUUACUUAGAAACGAGUUUAAAAUAUAUAUAUAUAUAUAUAUAUAUAUAAAUAUUUAUAUAUAUAUAUAUAUAUAUAGCACAGCAUCACUGUCUCCUAGGUGAUUCUCACUCCCUUUAGAAAACUUGUAGAAAACAAACACAGCACUGAUGGUGUAAACCCGAUGCCUCAUGAGAAUUAGUUUUCAUCUGUAAUCUAAAAGGAUAAAAUAUAUAAAUAUUAAUGUUUUUUUUGGUGUAAAUUUGAGUUUCGUGCCACCAGAAAGGCAACAGGUACUGGACAGGUACUCCAAACUAAAUGCAGCAGUAACAGCUGUCAUGUUGAAUCGUCCGCCCCCCUCCCCCUCCCUCCCUGCUGAAUCGUGGGUCAGAUCAGGGGUGCCUGUCUCCUUUCAAAAAAGCCUUAAAGAGAGACGGAUACACUCACAAAGCCUUUUUUAGUGGUUUGUCAGUGCUCGCAACUGUUUCAUUCACUCACUCACUCACUCACUCACUCACGCUCGUUCACUUUCUCACGCACUCACCUCAUUACGAAGCUCUGGAUAUCUCUGGAUAUCUUGACGGCAUUUCAUGUCUUCCUGUCUUUUUCACUUCCUGCUCUGAGCUCUCCUCCUUCCCCUCACAAAUCUGUGUGCAUCAAGGACGUCUCAUUACACUCUCACCACUGCACUGAAUUGCACAACUCGGUGGUCUUUGUCUUUGAAUCAAAACCUUCUUUCUUUCUUUUUCUAAGUUCAGAUUUGGGAGGGAUAAUAGCUGAAUUCGAUGUAGCGUCCCUGUAAAUAGCGGCUAAUAUCUUCUAAUGUUAGACUUGAUGCUUGCCUUAUUGUAAGUGGAAAAAUGAGCAUUAUAAUGUCGGGAUUCCUGAUUUGAAAAUGUAGUCACAUUCCAGUUUUCUGAUCAUGUAGUGUAUAUUUAUAUUUGUAGUAAAGUAUUUAUCUAUUAUCACUGUAAAUGUUGUUUACUUUUCUUUGUGCCCAUCUAAUAGUCUUUAUUUCUGUCAUAGUGACAAACAAAAAACAUGUUGAAUGCUCUUUAUGAAGCAAACUCAGUAAUGUUGAGAUGAGCUGCAGUGUUUUACAUCUUAACACGGACAGAUAUCGACUGGUUGAUCGCGUGUCAGCGGUGGUUACAGCCUCUAUUGUUUCCCCACACACACACAGUGUCACACAAUAUCAUACUUGGGGUUAGACUGAUUGAUUUGAUUUGUCAGUAGCCAGUAUUUUAUUUUUAAAUCUGAACAUCCCUCUGUCGUUUCCCUUCAAAAUCAGAUUUUUGUAAAAGGUGAAAAAACCUCAAAAGACAGGACUUUCUCCCAAACAGGAGUGAAUUCAGAAAGCUCUUGGCCUUAAAAUGAUAUAGUUAUAACAAAAAAUUACAAAAUAUAUUCCGAAAGCUGCAAUAAUUAAUUUUUUUGGGCCACUUGGGGGAAGUGGAACAAGCUGUUAACACAACAUUCAUGUACUGUAUGUAAUACCUCGUUAUAAAGAUGUGGUGAAUCUGCUAGCAAACAGUUAGACAAGAAGCAACGUUUGCAUUCAAUAACAGCUGUGUUUCUGGUUAAUUUUUUGUCCACUUCCUGUUUACCACGCCCGCAGGUAGUGUACAAGGGCUUUAUCAAAGCAUCAAAACAGGGAGAUUUAAAUCAUUUAAAGCUCCACAGAGCUGAGCAACUGCAGAGAUAGGUGAUAAUUUUCUGUGGGGUCAUAGCAAGAAGUGACAUCUUUCACAUGACACUGAGCCAUUUGUGCUAUUGUUAAUAUGAAAAUAUUAAUUAGUGCAGCUUUAAAGUCUUUUGUUUUAAAGACUCAUAUUAUAACUGAACUUCUGUCGUAUCUGAAGUAUUGAACUUAAGUUGGCUGAACAAUUUUUAAUCAGUCAACAGCACUGGCAAACUGAUCUCAGUCCAACCCGUAAGUGUGAUUUUAAAAACUCAUAAAAGCGUCAUCAGGGAUCUACAGGGUUAUUGACGAUGCUACCGUACAAUCAGGAGUCAAAGCUCUCCCUUCCUUUUUUUCUGUUAACCGGACAUUGAAGCCUCUUCCAGUCAUUACUCCUCAUCAUGUCACUGCAACAAAUCACAUUUAGUGAUAAACAGAGUUUCUCCACAGCAGAUGGACAAGAUGUUAAAGAUAUGAUGGAUGGGCAGGAUUUGCUGUUUGCAGAAGCAGCUAAUGAAAUAGAUCUUCAGAUUGUCGGACCGUCACAGGAAGGAGGGGAGUAGAUUUGUGUCGCGCUGUAAAUGGUUUAUCGUUUGUUUCACCAGAUGGAGCGUUUAUAGGAGUCGUUUUGUUUCUGUCAUCUUUUAGUUCAUUAAACACUAGAACGGAUGGCCUUCAUGUUGAUGGGAGGCCAUCAACACUUUUAAACAUGAGUCAUUUUCCGAAAAACACCGUGGCCCAUAAACUCAAACUGUGUAAAUUGUUUUCUGCUUGGUUUGACUUUUUCCUCUUUGAACUGCUUGUAAAAAAAAAAUAAAGAAAUAAAUAAUAAAAAAAAAAAAUACACUUGCUGUUCCAACAUGAUGUUAAUGUAUAUCUCAAAAAUACUUGUAUUUUUUAAAUACUUUUGCUGACAAUACAGUACUGACAUUAGGCUCUCAGUGCCCUCAGACACAGAGAGUGAA